GGGAGACUGAGGCGCCGCCACCGCUGCCGCCUGUGAGGGCGGUGAAGGGGUGGGCCGCCGGGCGGUGCGAGGCGCGCAGCCCGGCCAUGUCUCCGGGGGAGGCGGCGUAGGGCUGAGCGGCCGUGCGCGCAGCGGGGAGCGCUCUCCGCCACCAUGAGGCGGCUGCUGCCCCUGCCCUGCCUGCUGCUGCUGCUGCUGCUGCUGGCCGAGGUGAGACCGCGGUGCGGAUGUACAAUUGUCUGCACUCGGAAUUGCAGCUCAACAAAUGAAACUGCAGGAACAGGAGCCAGUAGUAAUGAUAAUUUAUCAAUAAACUCUGCAAGUGGGAACAAAACCAGUGGGGAUGGAAGAUGGACCAUGGAUGUGUUACUGCACAACAGGGCAAUAAAUGAUUCAAACAAUGUAACACAGCAUAGCCCAGUCCUUACUUUGAAGGCAGAAUAUGUUGGUGUCACUUCUGUCAACUUAUCAUGGGCAGUGAACAAUGCCGCUUCUGAGUCCGACAUGUACAGGAUAGAGGUUGUAAGUGGUACUGCUGUCAGGAACCUGACAUUCAGUGUCACCGAAGCUGAAAUUACUGAGUUAAUCCCUGGGACAAUGUACAAUUUCACAGUGUUUGCAGUAGCAGCUGAUGAUCAGACAGAAGAAAGAGUAUCCCUAAGCCUGUAUACAAAGCCCAGCCCAGUUUUUGACCUCAAGGCAGAAUAUGUUGGUGUGACUUCUGUCAACUUAUCAUGGGCAGUGAACGACACUGCUUCCAACUCCUACACGUACAGGAUAGAGGUUGUAAUUGAUACCUCUAUUAUGAACCUGACAUCCAAUGUCACUGAGGCUGCAAUUGCUGAGUUAAUCCCUGGGACAAUGUACAGUUUCACAGUGUUUGCAGUUGCAGCUGAUGGUCAGACAGAAGGAGAAGGAGUAUCCCUAAGCCUGUAUACAAAGCCCAGCCCAGUUUUUGACCUCAAGGCAGAAUAUGUUGGUGUGACUUCUGUCAACUUAUCAUGGGCAGUGAACGACACUGCUUCCAACUCCUACACGUACAGGAUAGAGGUUGUAAUUGAUACCUCUAUUAUGAACCUGACAUCCAAUGUCACUGAAGCUGCAAUUACUGAGUUAAUCCCUGGGACAAUGUACAAUUUCACAGUGUUAGCAGUUGCAGCUGAUGGUCAGACAACAGGAGCAGGAACAUCCAUAAUCCAGUAUACAAAGCCCAGCCGAGCUCUUGAUCUCAAGGAGGGAUAUGUUGGUGUGAUUUCUGUCAACUUAUCAUGGACAGCGAAUGACACUGCUUCCAACUCCUACAUGUACAGGAUAGAGGUUGUAAGUGGUACCUCUGUUAUGAACCUGACAUCCAAUGUCACCGAGGCUGCAAUUACUGAGUUAAUCCCUGGGACAAUGUACAAUUUCACAGUGUUUGCAGUUGCAGCUGAUGGUCAGACAGAAGGAGAAGGAGUAUCCCUAAGCCUGUAUACGAAGCCCAGCCCAGUUCUUGAUUUCAAAGCAGAAUAUGUUGGUGUGACUUCUGUCAACUUAUCAUGGGCAGUGAACAACACUGCUUCCAACUCCUACACAUACAGGAUAGAGGUUGUAACUGAUGCCUCUAUUAUGAACCUGACAUCCAGCGUCACUGAAGCUGAAAUUGCCGAGUUAAUCCCUGGGACAAUGUACAAUUUCACAGUGUUUGCAGUUGCAGCUGAUGGUCAGACAGAAGGAGAAGGAGUAUCCAUAAGCCUGUAUACGAAGCCCAGCCCAGUUUUUGACCUCAAGGCAGAAUAUGUUGGUGUGACUUCUGUCAACUUAUCAUGGGCAGUGAACGACACUGCUUCCAACUCCUACACGUACAGGAUAGAGGUUGUAAUUGAUACCUCUAUUAUGAACCUGACAUCCAAUGUCACUGAGGCUGCAAUUACUGAGUUAAUCCCUGGGACAAUGUACAGUUUCACAGUGUUAGCAGUUGCAGCUGAUGGUCAGACAGAAGGAGAAGGAGUAUCCCUAAGCCUGUAUACAACUCCUGCCUUAGUGAAUUCAUUUCAGUGUGAACCAGUGCUCAAGGAGUCUUCUCUAAUACUGAAGUGGGAAUGUCCUCCUGGUAACAAUUCUGGCUUCAAAAUAAAAAUAUUUAAUGAUACAUGGGAAAAAGAAGAACAGGCUCCAUCCUGCAUUGGAGAAGGCUCAGCAGAAACCUUCGUAACACCAUCUUUAGAUUAUUUCAGCAUCUAUACUGUUACUAUUGCAACUCUUUCAAACAGUUCUGAAAGUGAUCCAGUACAGAAAAUGUGUAAUACAAGCAUUACUGACCCACCUGCUCCAAGCAAACCUCCUUUAGUCAAGGUAGUCAGUCACAACUCGUUGUCUGUUGAAUUCUCCAACUUUGAGUCAGUGAAUGGACCAUUAAAAGCCUAUGCAGUAUUGAUCACAACAGAAGAACAAGGUUGUGGGUCUUUGAAGUCCAAAUUGAACAAUACGUAUGAAGAUUUCAAGAAGAAGAUGACUGUCACCUAUGUAACAUACGUUGUAGCUACAGAGCAGGCAAAAUCACCUUUUCCUUCUCAGAAUGGUACAAACAUUGUUAACGUAGGCAAUGGAGACAAACCGUGUGGCUACAAAAAUGGACCAUUGACUCCACUUCAUUCAUACAGGGCAAGUGUUGCAGGUUUCACUAAUGUAACCUUUAAUAUGGAUGGUAUCAUUGUGGCAGAAGAUAGUUAUGUAUCAUUUUCACCCUGUUCUGAGGCAGUUUUGCUACCGCAGGAUCCAGGUGUUAUUGCUGGAGCCAUUAUUGGAUGCCUUUUAGCUAUAUUGGCUGUAGUCACUAUAGGGGGUUUCAUAUUCUGGAGAAGGAGAAGGAAAGAUAAAAGAAAUACUGAGGUGUCCUUUUCUCCAAUUAAAUCAAAGAUGAUUAAAGUGGAGAACUUUGAAUCCUACUUUAAGAAGCAGCAAGCUGACUCCAACUGUGGAUUUGCUGAAGAGUAUGAGGAACUCAAGUCUGCUGGUGUUCAUCAGCCCAAAUUUGCUGCUGAACUUCCUGAGAACAGGGGCAAAAAUAGAUACAACAAUGUCUUACCAUAUGAUAUUUCCCGUGUUAAACUCUCAGAUCGGAGCUCUGCAUCUGAUGAUUAUAUUAAUGCAAACUAUAUGCCUGGCUAUAACUCAAAGAGGGCGUUCAUUGCUGCACAGGGUCCUUUACCCAAUACUAUAGAAGACUUCUGGUGCAUGAUUUGGGAAAAGAAUAUCUACUCUAUCGUUAUGUUGACAAAAUGUGUUGAACAAGCCCGGACAAAAUGUGAGCAAUACUGGCCAGACAAGCAGCCCAAGAGCUAUGGUGACAUCAUUGUGACAGUGGUCUCAGAGAUCAUCCUUCCAGAAUGGACGAUAAGGGACUUCACUGUAGAAAAGUCCAACACAGCAGAGGGCCACACAGUGCGCCAGUUCCACUUUACCUCCUGGCCAGAUCAUGGAGUGCCAGAGACUACAGAGCUUCUCAUCAACUUUAGACACCUUGUUCAUGAGUACAGCAGUCAAAAUCCAAUCGAAUCUCCUACUCUGGUGCACUGCAGUGCUGGUGUUGGGAGGACAGGGACGUUCAUUGCCAUUGACCGCCUGAUUCAGCAGAUUGAAAUGGAAAAUACAGUGGAUGUGUACGGAGUGGUGUAUGAUCUUCGCAUGCACCGGCCUUUAAUGGUGCAAACUGAGGACCAGUAUGUCUUCCUAAACCAGUGUGUUAUGGAUAUUAUUAGAUCCCUGAAAGACAGGAAAACUGAUCUUAUUUACCAAAACAUGACAGCAAUGGCAAUCUAUGAAAACGUCACACCUGGGCCAGGUUUCGGGAAGGCCAAUGGCUACCACACAUAGCCUGGGAGGAACGUGGUGUUCCCAGGAGACGUUACCUGCGCAGAGGAAAGGGAGAUGUUCUGCUCGUGUUCUCUGGGAUUGUGUGCACUGUCUUGUGUCUGGCUUCUCCAGUUCUGUCCACAUUUGAAGUUGUGAUCUGCAGGAGGAAAAACACAAUGCUGGCAGGAGCCACAGAUUGGUAUUGAAAAAGACAAAAAACAAAGCAAAACUAUUUGAAGUUAACAGAGGAAUCUUGCUUUUUCUUGGGAAUUUAACAGUACUGAUAGGCGAAAUAGCAUUUGCAGAAUGAACAGUGAACUAGAAUUUAAAUAUUAAAAUAAUAACACAAGCUUUUUAUUACAAUUUCAUAUGAUUUCAUUUAGAGACACCAGGCUUGUGGGCUGUUUUAAUAUAUUUAAUUAUAAGUUUCAGGAACAUAUUUUAUCUACUGUAUCUGGUUACUUAGCUAAUAGGUAUGUGCCUCUGUGAUUUUUUUUUUUUCUCUGUGUUCCUUUUUAUUUAAAAAUGGAGUACAAACAGCUCCUUCAAAUGGACAUUUGUACUUGGAAAUUGUGCCUUUUCUAGUUGAUACUCUAGAAAAAGAAAAACCAGCAGAGAUUCUAUUUUUGUACUGAAACUCUUAAUGAGAACACAGAUUUUUAAAUAAGGCUGUGUCAAACUUAACUGUAGUUGCACUGUUGGCAGGACUCUCCAAAAGUUUGGAGGUGAGCUUUGUUGUUGCAUUUCACCACAACUAUCCCCUGCCUUAAUGUUUCAGUGCCUCUGCUAGAGGAAAAGGAGUGUGGUGUGUCACUCCCAGCUUUAACUAUAGUAAAAAAAACUGAGUAAGUGAAUAUGUGAAUGUGUGUGCAG